GUCCAGUACAUGAUUAAUACAGAUUCAUUUCGCUGGCGUUACUCUAGUUAUCCAGGCCGUUUUAAACCGACAGAAGUGGUCAAAAAACGAGAAUGGUAACUUUUUAAAUGGAUCUUGAAAAUCCCAAUCGUCCCCUGACCGCUCUGAAGCUAGAUGAAAAACAGAAGCAAACCGUACGAGCUCUCAGGCGACAAAUUUCUUCUCAUUCCACAAGAAGCACGGAAAUAGAUGGCGACCACUUCGCGAAGUUAAGCGAGGAGGAAAUUAUUCUCCUUCGCAAGAUUGUUGAAACAUUCACAAGUAAUCAAAGGGAUGCUGAACUUACCGGGGAUGAAGUCGACGGCAAAGGUAGAAAAGUAGAUAGAAACUGGUCGAUAGAAAGUUAUCUUUCUGGAUCUUCUAAUCGGGGAAGCGGAACUUUCGUGAAUCCUGGUCGAUUUUAUGUUCGAGUUACACAAGAAAAUGUCAAAGCUGUGGAGCAAGUAUGUAUCGAAAUAGACAACGAGGAAUCCAAAAAUAAGCCUACCACAAAUGGUUAUGGGAAUUUAAGCGGCAGACAUUCAUUUGACAACCAAAUCGAAAGUAAAUACAAAUGUUAUUAUGGAUACUCUGUCGCUGUGACGAAGCAAAGUCACGAGGCGAUUGUAGUCAGAAAUUCUUACGUGACAGGCGCGUUACCGGAAGGCGUCACGAAUGGAACGAAAUUUAGUUUCACCGAUAGACCCUCUUGGAAUAAAGCUAGCGGACUUAAACAUUUACCACCAAGAGAACGCUUUAAACGAGCGGUACAUUUAGUGAUGGAUAAUUUGAAGAUGCGGCCUCGAAAAAUGGACAAAGACUUCUCAGAGUUAUGGCGGAAGCGUGGUAACGCAACAUGGCUCGACAUUUUCUUCACAGUGGUGGCGAUUGGCGCGUUCUUCGCUGAUAUUGCCACGGACCUGAAAGUUGCAGCAGACCAUUUCAGAGCUGGUAGCAACUGGUGGGGAAGUUUCACGGUUAUGUUCGUGCUGCUUCCAUCUAUUAUCAUAAACCUGGUAUCUUUCUUUUGGUACAAAGAAGAUGAAAAGAUUGGAAGACGACCAAAAAGUGGCUGGAAAGUGGUCAGAUUAACGCAUUUCUUUUUAGUAGGGCCCAUAGAGAGGUAACAAUUGAUAAUUGUCUGUGAAUAUUUACAAUGUUUUCCGAGAUGUACUAUUACAGCUUAGUUUUAGACUGAGGGGAUGAAUCCGUAGUCAAACGUUUCCAAGACGUAAAUUCACGAGGAAGUCUGAUUGAAGUGAUGUUUUGGAUUUUAUGAUAACUAAAUUCUUUAGAGGACAAACAACUCUUGUACAACAGAUACCUUUGAGAUCUGCAUUAUUUCCUGUUAACAGCUAAGAUAGUAUAAAUUUUCUGCAUGUUUAAACACGAUACACUCUUUUUCUAUAAGAACGUCUAAUUUUGGGGCCAAGGCUGUACGUUCUUAACGCUUUCCUAUUUUUUUCCCUUUUUUUAGGUACUGGAGAAUUCUUGUUAAAUCGUAUCGAAUAAAACGGAAGAAAGAAGAACGAGUUGUUGAUCACAAGAUAUUGAUAGCAAUGAAUCUCGACAGUGGCAUGCUGCAAAUGAUUUUAGCCUUUACAGAAGAUGCACCUCAGCUUGUUUUGCAACUGUAUGUCCUUGUCUCGCGUAAAAUCCUUAACGCUUUUGAGGCAACAAGUGUCCGAGACUUGUGGACCAUCCUAUCCAUUUGUUUUUCUUUCGUUUCCUACUCCAGAGCAGUUGUUAACUACAUCAGCUGCCUCCGUGACUCAAAACGCCAUAAAGGCCAGUUACGCUGGUACGGUUACCUAUCCAUGUGGUUAUGGAGAGCUUUCAUGAUUAUUUCUCGAAUACUUACGCUCGUUUUCUUUGCAACAGAGUUUAAGCAAUGGUUUUUCAUUGCUCUUUCUAUUCACUUCGUCAUUGUCCUGGGGUUUCUUAUUCGUCAAGAGCUUUAUUUUUUUCCAGGGUCCAAAUGGAAGCAGCAUUUUUUCCGUGCACUCAUAGCUUACAUUCAUUUGUUUUGUUUCUUUUCCCUGGAAGGCGUGCGUACCAUACCUUGGACAAAAAAGUACUACGUCAUGACUUUUGUCGAAAAUCUGAUAUUUUCACUUCUUUGGUACACAAACGGAACCAGAUAUUUACCAUUUCAAGUAGAAUUGGCAGGGUUUGUUUGCAUUUACGUGUUUUUCUUUGCGGGACUUUUCGUGAUGACAGUAUACUAUAAGUUUUUGCAUCCUCGAUUCAAUCAGCCUCGAUUCUCCUUAGCUGCUCCUUUGGAGUCAGAGCUUGCAGAUAAAGAUCCCAAACAUGGGCCGAUCAAAAACCAAGAACAACGCUUUGAACUUUGGAUUUAA